CCUCAGUGUCCCCUGUGUCACCAUGUCCCCUUUGUCCCCAGUGUCCUGCACUGCUCCCGGUGCUCUCUGCCCCCCAUGGCCCUGCUGGCCCUGCUGGCCCUGCCCGUGGCCACCGUGGCCACCGUGGCCGGUGCUGUGGGUGUGGAGCCCCUGCACUGGGUCCCGGACGCGUUCGAUGAUCGGUACCGGGGCUGUGGCGAUGCCAUGAGCGCCAUCCUGGAGACCCUGAGCGAUGCUGAGCUCCAGAAAAACCAGAACCUGUCCCAGCUCUGGGACCAGGCCACGGCCGAGUGGUGCCGCCGCAGGUCCCGAGACCCCUCCCGAGACCCCUCCCGAGACCCCCGCCCGUCCCCUCUGAGCCCGGCCCAGGCCAUCGCUCUCCUGGCCCUCACCAUGGAGGAGCCCAGCGCGGGGUUCCACGCGGCCACGCGCCGCGCCGGGAUCUCCGGCCGGGAAUAUCGCGAUGGAUUCCACUUCAAAGCUCUGCAUUUCCUGCUCAGCGAGGCCCUGCGGAGGCUGUGGGACCCCCGGCGCUGCCACCGGGGGUUCCGGGGGUUCAGGGGUGUCUGGUUGGACGCCUGGCCCGGCCGCGCCGUCAGGUUUGGUCAGUUCAUGGUGACAUCGCUGAGCCCGGAGGUGGCCCAGGGUCAGGGGAACGUCACCUUGCUCCAGGUGAACACCUGCCAUGGAGCCAUCAUCCAGAACUUCUCCUACAACCCCGGUGAGCAGCAGCUGCUGGUGCCGCCCUUCGAGACCUUCAGGGUCACCGAAGUCACCCGGGAAGGGAAAUCGGUGCGGAUCCACCUCAACUCCAGCGGGACCUUCAGCAAGUACAACUGCGAGUGGCUGCGAGGUGACAGCGUGGGGACACCAGGGACACAGCCUGGGGUGGGGACAGGGACCCAUGCCACCACGACCACUGUGACCCCUCUGACCGCUGUGGCCACCCUGGGCACUGGGACCACUGGGGUCACCAUCACUGUCCCCAUGGUCACCAUGGCCAUUGUGGCCACCGUGACCCGUUAG